AUGGCGAAAUCCCAAAGAAACAAUGUUUCUUUGACUUGCAAUCACCUUCUUAGUGAUAACACUCUUUAUGCACCUUCGCCCUACUCCAACAGUGAAAUUCCAAAUUCUCUGAGCCCAAAGUCUCGUCUCCCUUUAGUGGGACACGUCCACCUCUUGGACCCUCUCAUUCACCACUUCCUCAUCCGUCUCUCCAAGCGCCAUGACCCCAUCUUCUCCCUUUACUUCGGUUCCAUGCCCACCGUGGUUGCUUCUUCUUUUGAACUCUUUAAGCUCUUCCUCCAAACCCACGAGAUCACCUCCUUCAACACCAGGUUCCAAACCUCUGCCAUCCGCCGCCUCACCUAUGAGAACUCUAUCGCCAUGAUCUCCCUUCGGACCUUACUGAAAAUUCAUAAGAAAGCUCAUCAUGAACGACCUCCUAAACAUCACCACCGUGGCCAAGCUCAGACCUCUCAAGAGCCAAGAGAUCAAGAAAGUUCUCAAGGUUCUUGCACAGAUGUGGGAGACUUCCAAAUCGUGGCGGCAUGA